CGCAGUGGAUGCUGGGUAACUGCAGGGCUCUGAUGUAAACAGAAGCCUCUGGUGCCGAGGGGGGGGGAAAGUAAUUACUGUCACUGUCACUAUCAUUGUCAUCGGGCGGACGCCAGCUUCUCACCCACCGUGGAGGUAUGGAGGAGCAAAUCAAACUGAACGUGACCUUUGGUGGCGAUACACAAACUUUCCUGGUGUGUGACUCGCAGAAGACGACGUGGGCGGAUCUGGAAGCUAUGGUACAAGUUUCCUUUGACCUCAACAAAGUGCAAAUGAAGUAUUUUGAUGAAGAUAAUGAAGAGGUGUCUGUUAAUAGUGCAGAGGAAUAUGAAGAAGUUUUGAAGAGUGCAAUUAAACAAGGAAAUCAGAUUCAAAUGAAUGUUUAUGAAGUCAAGCAACUGAAGGAAAAAAUGGAAAGCCAGUGUGCAAAACGAACCUUUGAAAAUAAUGAACAGAAAGAGUCUCAGAAUAAGAAGGCUAAGAAAAAAGAAAUUAAACAUUAUUCACAGUUGGCGAAAUGCAUUGGCCAAGGCAUGAAGGCCACAGAAGAAGCUAAAGUAAAGGUGAUGUCAAAAGAUGUAGAUCAAAGCACGGAAAAUUGGCGACUGCCUCCAGUUUGGUUCACACGGUACAUGGAAACAUUCAAAGAUAAGCUUGUGAAUGAAACAGUUGAUCGGAUCUGUUGCGACUUCUUCGAGAAGGUGACCAUUCAUCAGAAGGUGCAUGACCCAUUCAGUGCCUCGGCAGCAUGUUCUGUACAAGUUCCAGAGAUCCACACAACACAGAUUGGCUACCACGAUUGGCUUAUGGCUUGUAGCAACUGCCUGAGUCGAAUUAUUGGAGUACGCUUUCAGUGCAGCAUUUGUCCCACGUACACUAUCUGUGAGUCCUGUGAAGCUAGCAACUAUAGGCAUGAUCCUAACCACCCCUUACUGAAGCUGAGAAAACCUUCAACAUCUUUGCCUGACCUUACACCAGCGCAGCUUGUUGGAAGUGUUAUAUCUGGUGCAGCAGAACAAACAAGACUGCAGAGACAAAUCGACAAAACCUUCUGGAAAGCUGAAAAGCAAAGACUACGAACUGAAAAGAGGCAACGCAAAGCAGAGUUUAAGGAGAUUAAAAAACAGUUAAAAUUGCAGAAGAAACAUCUGCAAUGGAAUGGUGUGCAUCUUGGUGAACACUCGAAUCCACCAAUACAUGAACCCAAAAGAGUUCAGUGCAUUUCAACAGUGCCAGUUAUUUCAGUAUUAGGUGCAGAAUUUGUGGACGAGAACUUUCCAGAUGGUACUCUUCUUCAGCCAGGAACCAAAUUUAUCAAACACUGGAGAAUGAAAAACACAGGCAAUGCUAAUUGGACAUCUGCUACAAAACUCCAGUUCAUGUGGGGCAACCUCAUCCUGGCUUCUCCUGGAAAAAAGGAAGUUUCUGUUCCAUUCCUCCAACCAGGAGACGUUGGUAUUGUGUCAGUGGAAUUUGUUGCACCCACCUUUGAAGGCACUUACACUUCUCAUUGGCGCUUAACUCAUAAAGGAGAACAGUUUGGGCCCAGAGUAUGGUGCAGCAUUAUUAUCGACUCGCCACUGCACACUGAAGCUCUAGAUAGAAAUGAAACCUCCCUUUUUAGCUCGGUCAAGACUAGAUCUCCUGACAAUGGAAUCAAGGCUUCCUUGGCUGCAGGCACUGAACAGCAGCAAGUUGUUCCUGAUCCUGAAGUGGAAUCUGCAGGCACAGCAACUGCACAAAAACAAGACUCUUUGACUAUAGAAACUGAGAAUCAAACAACUGUGUCUGAUCUUGAAGCAACAGAGUCUGCAAAAACAACAGGUACCGCGUUGGUCAAGCUUCAGCAGCAAAAAGAUCAGAGCAGAGACUUGUGUACAAUGGUGCCGUCUGUAGACCUUCUGACUGCUCAGGACUUGCUUUCAUUUGAACUGUUGGACAUAAAUAUUGUGCAAGAAAUGGAGCACGUACCAAACAACACCCCUGUUGACAUGACUCCAUGUAUGUCACCUUUGCCCCACGAUGGCCCACUAGUGGAGAGGCCAGGCUUAGGGCAGAUUGAAGAGGAAAGUGAAGCUACUUUCAAGUCACGGUUUGAUGUGACACUGAUGGAGAAGCCAACAGAUCAUCCUCAUUUAGAAGAAGGCGAGGAGGACAUCAGCGGAACUCAGUUUGUCUGUGAGACAGUUAUUCGUUCUCUAGCUUUAGAUGAGGCACCUGAUUUGCUGCCACGCCGCAGGGGUAAACCUGACACAGGCACCGUCCAAGAUCUGCAAGAAACCUGUCGCUCUGCUGGCAUCAGCGAAGAGAAAUCUUGCAGGGCCAUUCUGACCACAGCUACUGCUACAAGUUCAACAGAAGAAUCCUGCACACAAGAAGUGUUGCCAGAGAAAGAUAAUAAACUUGAAAUUCAUGUGGCUGGCAGUUCUACUGUAGACUUUGAAGAAGAGAAGUAUGACAUACAAAGCCAGGUGUCCUCAGAAUGUUCAGAGGAUUACGUUAUCAUCCUGCCAGAGUGUUUUGAUACUAGUCGUCCUCUGGUAGAAUCUCGAUGCAGUUCUGCUUUUUCUCAACCUGAAGAAGUGGAAGAUGAGAUAGAACUGGUAUCAGAUGCAGUGGUUACUGAGAGUGCCCAAGCAGUCGAUGAAAAUAGACCUCCAUUGCAAAACAUUAAUGAUAUAUUGUGCACAUCUCAGACAUUGGAUAUGGAGCCACUUAAACCAGAGGUGCUGUCUGCACCUUUGCUUCACCAAAGGAAUGACACCUCAACUCUAAAUUCAAAAGAAGUUCAGUCUGAUGUAUUGGAAAUGGCUGAUGUGGAGAAUACUGCAGUUAGAUCACCUGUCCAUCAUGAAAACAACGUAUCUACGCAUUUGGAGAUAAAGUUUGCAGAACCACCCAAGACCAUGAAAAAUAGACAGUGCCCGCAUUUAAGACACCACAGUGGAAUUGCUAGUGAGCUGGUGAAGGGAGCCCUAUCUGUAGCAGCCUCUGCUUAUAAGGCCCUUUUUUCAGGGGAUACCAGUGUGACACAGGCUGAAGUAACAGAAAAUCAAACUGCAUCUAUGAUGGAUAUUCUUUUUGAAAUGGGAUUUUGUGACCGACAACUAAAUAUGAAACUGCUCAAAAAACAUAGCAACAAUCUUGUUGAAGUCGUCACGGAACUUCUCCACAUCAAUGAAAAUGACUGGCAUGCUAAUCGACACUGAAUAUAUAUGAUUACAUGGAUCACUUCUUAGUUAACAUUGAGCUGCCACUUUUUUUUGCACAAUAGCAGUAAUCAAGGAUAACAUGACAAUGUUAAUAUUCUAAGAAUUCAUUUACAGUGAAGUGCUCCAUUGCAUUAGCACGGAAUUCAUUUAUUAUUGAGAAAAAUGAUGUGCUUGUUUUCUCUAUUUCAUAUUAAUCCGCAAUUCACUUCUUAGUGUGGGUUUUUAUAAAGUCAAAGCCAGAAGAAACACAGCUCAAGAUGUUUGUCAGUCUUUGAGUCUGUUUAAUUAUUUUUGGAAACUGUUGUUGAUAUCCUCAGAAAAUAAUACGUUAAACACCUCUUUGCAUUGCAUCGUCAUGUAUAUAUUUGGUUUUGGAAAAGCGAUAUUACAUGAGGGUACGAUUCUGCAUACAGUUAAACACUACGGUAAAUCUGUAUCAAUGCAAUGUGUAUAUUAAGGACACAUUGUCUUGAACGUGCUUUUUUUAAAGUGAUUCUACCAGGGAAGAACAUUCUAGGAGCAUAUUGUACCCAUUUAGACAGAUACAAUUGAAACUUUGUUUUACAUUUUGCUGUAUAACUCAAAUAUUUAGUGGCUGAAACAUGCAUUAACAAUAAUAGCAUUUGCUUCAACCUUUAUUCAUUUAAUGAGCAGGUCUGCUAGUGUUAAAGAUAUUAUUUUGGACUGUGCAAAAGUAGAAUGUUCAUAUGUGUCUGUGCAUGGUCAGUUGUUGUACUUGAUAAUUUCUUAAGCAGCCACAAUGUGCAUAACACAUUAUUAGUCAUAAUCAGACUAUUUUUAAGCGUUAAUCUGAUGGAGGUAGGAAAAGCUUAAUUUGAAAAAGAAUUCUCUGCUGGAAUUGGAUAAAAAUUACAUUUUCUUAAGCUUUUAUUUAUGCUUUCCUCAACUGGUUCAUGGAAGUUAUGCAUUUUCCAAUAGUCAUUGUAGCUUUAGUUGACAGUCAGUGUAUGCUUCUGAGGUCUGGUGUCCUCAGUAGUUUAGUCUCAGCUAUAUUUCAAAGCUGACAUUUAAUAUUCUAAUGAUCUAGAGGUGUUUUGUGUCCAGUUUUUAGUAGCAACAUACAGUAACGUUUGGUUUAAAUCUGUCAAUAGGGCUUUGAAAUAUGAGUCUCUUAAUGGUACUUUUUUCUUUUAGGACUGGAGUAUAUUGAGGGUUUUGUAUUGAUCCAAUUGCAGAUAAUUCCAGAUUUGUAGGAACCAGCUUUAGCAUGUAUCAAUCCAUGCAAUAUUAUAAUUCUCACCCCAAGUAUGCCAGCUGUGUUUUUUUGGUCUAUAAAUGUGGUACUACUUUGUGUUAUUCGUUAGUUAAAUGUUUCUGAUAAAACUUUGGUUGAUACAGUUGUGAUUUGAAGAAUUCUACUGGUAUUGAGACUCCUCUUGAGCUGUUUGCUCAUUGUGAGCUUUCUAGCAGUUACACAGUUAGAUUAUUGAAAGGUACCAAACAUCUAUAUAAUUGUUAACUUUUACACGCAUACCCAAAGGUGGAAAUGCAUGGCUAUAUGUGUAAUACCAACUGUUCUGUUACUUAAGAUAAAAACCUCUAAUGACUCCAAAAUCUUCACGUCUGACUUUCUCUGUCUUCCUUUUCCCCUCACCUAUGAAGAAAAAAACUUGAUCUGCUCAAACAAUUGGUUUCUGUGACUGAAUUGGUAAGCAGUGAUUAAGACAUUUUUGAUGAGGACAUCUGUAGUUCAAUUAAUUAAUAGUUUAAAAAAUGAAACGAGUUUUAGACGAUGAAGUUUUCAUGGUUUGGAAUUAAUACAAAUAUUAUUAAUUGGUUACAAGUUGGUUUUCAAGAAAAUUGUGAUCUUUGAGUUGUGCAAAAUUUAAAUGUUGGUUGUGCUAAGGGAAAGUAAACUAAUACUUUAACAUAAUGUCAGUAUAGACAUCCAGUGUUCUUGGUAAAAGAACAUUUUAGGCAGAGAAGCAACUUGCUACUUUUUUAACUUCUGUAUCCUGUAAUUAGUGAUUAAAAGAAAAGAAGUGCUAGUAAACCUACUUUUGAACACAGUUUAUGUUCAUCUAGAAAAAUAAUGUGUGAUUGUGUGCAUUUUUAAAGCUCUGAUUUACAAUAAUAGCAUCAUAUUUAAGUUUUCACUGUAGAAGUCUAAAUUUUCAAGAUUUGCUAAAUACUUUUAGUAUCAAUUUCAGCUUCAUUGCUGCCAAGAUGAAAUAAACAUUAAAAUAAGCAUUAAAAGCAACAAAAAGAUAAAAUUAAAUAUGUUUGGACUUGAUUUCUGUAUUUGCCAUUUCUAAAUAAGGAUCUGAUCUGGAGGAUACAACAAUAUUUACAGUUUUGGUGGAUAUUUUGUAGUAGUUAGGAAUGUCUUGUAAUGCUUAAAAUUGUGUUCACCGUAGUUGCUAUUGAAGUUGUCCAUUCAGUAAAUUGCAGUGCUAUAGUACACAAUAUGUUCGAUGGUUGAAAUGGACAUCCUGGACUUUCUGUUAUAAAUUAUGUUCUACAAUUUUACUCUAUACUGCAAGCUUUUAAAUGUCAUGAGUACUAUGCUGUACUGAAUUGUGUGUUGCUGUUUCUUUCAGAUAAUUGUGUGGCCCAGUCUAGAAUUCUUGAAAUUGACAUUGUCCUAUAGUAUGCAAGAAAAAAUUGCUGUUUCCCCGUAAACUUGUACUAUGACACAAUUUGCAAAUUAGCUUCAGUUACAUUGUAAUAGUUUAAAAUAUACAUCCAAUUAUUAUGUACCUUUUUGAAGUAAUGCAACUAUUAUCAGUUAACCUUAAAAGUCAAGUAUUCAAACUGUUAGCAAAAUGCCAGUAUUUUAAGUGGAUCUAAAAGUAAAACAUCUAAUGGUUGAUCUAAUACUGUAUAGGGAUUCCUGGUCAACAGGUUUUACACUAACAAGUGGUUUACAUGUUUACAUAGCUAGUCUUCACAGUAUGGUCGGAAUGAAGAGUGCACACAUGCAUUAUUCAGUUGAUGGGUUCUUCCUUGGUACCAUUUCACUUUACAGUUAAUGGCUGGUAAUCUUACAUUUUGGACUAAGAAUUGGAGGAUAAAUCCUCCAAUAAAAUAAACUGGAGAUAAAAUUAUACUUCCAUAUUUCAAGGACAUAGUGGAUAUUACAUACAUAGGAGGCAAUUUAACUUUGAAUUUCUUCUGUUCAUUCAUAUUCAGCAUUCAUUCAUCCUUUCACAUAAUUUAACAUAACAUUCGCAGUAUAUUAAGAUUAAAAAAAUUAAUGCUUUAGUAACUUCUGAUGGCUUCGUUUGCACAUUAUCUACAUUUGCAUGUAAUUGUCUUAAACCAAUUUUAGAAUACAGACUUGCUUAUUGCUCAACAUUCUUUACAGAUCUGUAUUUUUCUGUCCUUUUAAAAUUGAUGUAAAUGAAUUUUGAAUCCUAGAUAAAUGAA